UAGUUAUCGUAUUAUGUUGAUAUUUAUUAUAUACUUAGUAACAUGCCUAACCGCAUGAGCUUUAUAAUGCAAUCUUGAGUUGUUUUUAUUAUGAAUGAUUAACUGAUGAGAUACACACACACACACGCACGACGUAACGUAAGAAAUUUCAUUAACUCUUCUUUACACAGUUGGUGGGUGCCGUGAGCCGCUGGCGUCGUCAACGUUAACAGCCAGCGCUGUAGCUUUCUGGCGGCUGCGCCGAAUGCUUUGAAUUCGCAACUUACGUUAUGGAUACACAGUUAUAUAUAUAUAUAUAUAUGUGUGUGUGUGUGUAGUGGCUUUUUCGUUUUCGACCGAGUUUCGCAUUUGCGCUGGCUCUCAUAUUCAAGCGCAUGCUUGCCUAUGCAUAUAUGUAUGCAUGUAUUGUUGUUAGUAUUGUUGGAAGAGCGCACGAAUUAAAGCGCUGUCCGUUGGCAGUCAAUUAAUCGCGGCGGUUUGGCGAAAAUUGAAAACGUUAGUCGAAUUGAGCCGUAAAAUAUAAAAGUUUGCCAAGUGCAGCGCGCAGUACGUUUGAACUAUUCAUAGCGUGCGGUGGUUUGGCUUACAAGCUUCGUAGCAGUGUCUAAAGUGUGUUACAGUUAUACCAAAGUAAAAAAAUCAGCAACCGACGUGUGAAUGCGUCAAAUAGUGUAAUAAUUAGGUGUUUGGUCUCUUCGGCAGUGUGCAGAAGAAUUUUUGAAAAGCGUAUUCUAACUCCAAUUUGUUGAUAUGAGCUGCUAACAUUGCUUGAAAACAUUAAACGACGCACCGCUUCGUCAAGUAAAAAACACAACUACCUCGUUAUAUAACCACCAAAACCAAUAUCAUGGCGUUCAUAAAUUUACCAUGUCUUAACAUUCCAAAACGCUUCAACAUAGCGGUAAUGUUGUUCGUGGCAUGUCUUGUGAGCUAUAUGGUGCGUGUCAAUCUAAGUAUUAAUAUUAUAGCUAUGGUCGAACAGACAAACCCCAAUACCACCGAACCGCUGCCAAAUUACGGUCCACGCUACAACUGGAGUCAAACGGAUCAAGCCAAUUUAUUAGGCGCUUACUUCUAUGGCUAUAUGAUUACCUCACUGCCGGCGGGUAUGCUGGCCGAGAAUUUUGGUGGCAAGCCGGUAGCUGGCUGGAGUUGUUUGGGCGUAGCCGUGCUAACGGCACUAACACCCCUCGCCGCAGCAUGGGAUAAAUGGGCUGUAUUCGUGUUACGUUUUCUCAUUGGUUUCUUUAGCGGCGUGAUUUAUCCUUGUUGCCACAAUUUGGUCUCUAAAUGGUCGCCACCUGAUGAGAAAGGAAAAUUUGUCGCUUCUUUAAUGGGCGGUACAUUUGGCACAAUGAUAACUUUUCCCAUUUGUGGCAUAAUUAUCGAGAGCAUGGGCUGGGAUUGGGCUUUCUAUAUGGUUGGUCUAUUCGUAUUGAUCAUGACAUUGAUUUGGUUCUAUGUUGUUGCCGACAGUCCAGCACAACAUCGUUCCAUUUCCGUGCAGGAGCGUGAAUAUAUUGAAAAGAGUCUAGGCGAAACCAUCACAAAGUCGAAGAGCUGGCCACCAUAUAAGAGUCUCAUCUUCUCUUUACCCUUCUGGUCGUUACUCCUGUUGCAUUAUGGCAGCAUGUGGGGUCUGUUCUUCCUAAUUACCGCUACACCUAAGUUCCUUAGUGAGGUGCUCGGUUUCAACUUGUCUUCAGCCGGCUUCCUCGCUAGCUUGCCGCAUUUGGCGCGUUUACUAUGCGCCUUUGGUUUUGGCGCCAUCGCCGAUUUCAUUCGUCGCAAGAGUUGGUUGAACGUCACGAUGAUGCGUAAAACUUUCUGUCUACCUUCGCAUAUUCUGCCUGGCCUUAUGCUAAUCAUACUGGCAUACUUCGGCAGAGAUCCUUAUAUUUGUGUCAUCAUUAUGACAAUCUCACUAGGUUUCAAUGGUGCGGCGACAGCAUCUAAUCUGCAGAACUCUCAAGAUCUCGCACCCAACUAUGCGGGCACACUGUACGGUAUCAUUAACUGUAUUGGCACAACGCCUGGUAUUUUCUCGCCCAUGAUUGUGGCUGCCUUUACUAAAGAAAGUAACACCAUUAACGAAUGGCACUAUGUGUUUCUGAUAGGCGCCGCAGUCUACAUAAUACCUGCGCUGAUAUUUUGGGUGUUCGGUUCGGGUGAAAUACAAAAAUGGAACGAAGCCGAUAAGAAAUCGUCUAAGAAUGACACCAUCAACACGAAACUAUAAAACUGUAAAAGUAUUGCGUAUAUGUGCAGUUAAUCUGUGGGAUAUUCUGGUAUUAUUGUAAAUUGUAUUUAUACUUUUAAAAUAUGGGUUGUGAAAAUCCAUGACGAUUUGAUAUCUAUAGUGUUUGUAAAAAUUAUUAGGUCCAUUUGUAGGGCUGUACAAAUAAGCAUGCGUGCGCAUAUGUAUGUAUGUAUGUAAUAGUGAUAUAUUGCUUUGUACCAUUAAGCUGUGAAUUUAAUAAAUAUUGAACUUAUAUAUAAUUCAUAUAAAA